AUGGCUUUUUAUGCGGUGGCAAUAGGACGAGAAGUUGGAAUUUUCGAUACUUGGGCAAAAUGUGAGGAACAAAUAAAAGGUUAUCGCGGAGCAAGAUAUAAAAAAUUCCCCACUAAAAGUGCCGCAGAAGAAUUUAUUAAUGCCUAUCACAAACCAAGUGUUGGCACAACAGCAACAACAACGACAGUUCCUUCAAGCUCCAAUGCCAAGUGUCUGGUGGCGGACAAAAAAGAAGUGGCAGAUUUUUGGCCACCAAGUGAUGGUGACAGCUUUGAUGAGAAUUUUCUAACUGAUGAAGAUUUGAUAAUGGCCUUAGAAGAAGUUGAGGGUUUACCACAACCCAACAAAUCGCUUAAACGCAAAAAUGAUAGUCAGGAUUGUGGACAAUUUAAAUCCGGUAAAAUUGGUAAAUACGAGUCAACAGUGUGUGAAACGUCCGGUUUGGUACACAUUGGCAAAUAUGAAUUUAAUAUUGACUCGGAAGGCUAUGUAAUAGUCUAUACAGAUGGUUCGUGCUUUAAUAAUGGCAAGGCGAAUGCUUGUGCCGGUUUUGGUGUCUGGUUUGGAGAUAAUCAUCCACUUAAUGCUGGCAAACCAGUUGGCGGGCGUGUCACCAACAAUGUUGGUGAAAUCCAAGCCUCAAUUUAUGCCAUUAAAGUAGCGAAAAAUCUGGGCAUUAAAAAGCUUGGCAUUUCCACAGACUCACAGUUUCUCAUUAAAUCCAUUACCAUGUGGAUAAAUGGUUGGAAGGCUAAAAAUUGGCGUUUGAAAAAUGGCGAUCCCGUGAAAAAUGUUGUGGACUUCAAGGAGUUGGAUAGUCUAUUGAGUGAUGGUCAAAUCGAUAUAAAAUGGAAUUAUGUUGCCGGCCACAAAGGCAUAAGGGGAAAUGAAAUGGCCGAUCAAUUGGCCCGUGAGGGUUCGGAAAUUUAUAAAAGAUUACAUUUGAAAAAAUAA